AUGGUUGAGAAGCUGAAUGGUCUUGAGCCUGAGCAACGGACCAAUGAUGUAGCAGCAAGUGUAUUUAGGGAGGUACUUGGCUCUAGACCAGGAUAUGCAAGGGGGCUAGGAGAGAUGAUUAUCCCGGAGUCGACACGACAACGGGACAGCCAAAGAGAAAAAGAAUACCUUGCAUUGAUUGAGAAGCACAAGCAAGAUGCCGACAAUUACAAGAAAGAUGCUGAGAAUUACCGGAAAGACGCUGACAAGUACAAGACACAGCUUGAUGCAAUUCAAGAGGAAAUACUGAGACUUCGUGAGAGGCAAAAUGCAACUGAUGUCAUGAUGAGGGAAUUCUUCCAAAAUUUCCAUACACCCACGGAGUCUCAGCAGUCUCGUCGAGAGACUCCUCAAGCAUUGUUGUUGGUACCUAUAAUGUUAUUGGCGUGGGCAAAAGAAGAUGUUGCAGCACUUGUAUCUGGAGGAUUAUGCACUUCGAGAUAUCUUGCAUCCAUAUCACUUGGAGUGACUGGUGUCUCAUAUCUCUUCAGGGCAAACGGCUGGAACAAAAAGCCGAAGGCUUUUCCGUCCACCUAUUGCGAUUCUUCAAGGACUUGCAAAAAGCGGAAAAGGCCCAUUUCAUUUCGUCUGGAAGAGGGAACUGAAGUUGAAGGGGAAGAUCAGAACCAAAGGUUCAAUACCUUCGAGCGGCAACUUCACAUCCAGAUUCUAAAACCAAGCAAGAUGAGCAAAAAAUCGAAAGAAUCCCCGAUAAUUAAGGAAUUUGAGGCUUUUGAUCAUGACUUGGAAUCUGGGGCGCCCUACGAUACUUCCACACAGGGUUGCUGCAUCUACAAAGUUCCCGAGACACUCCGCGAGAUCAACAACAAGAAAUGGUGCCAGCCCCGCGUCGUCUCCAUAGGGCUGUACUACCACUACACCAACUACGAAUUAGACAAACAGCAACGCCUGCACCUCCAAGUGUUAGAUCCAGUUAGUGGAAAUGAGGCAUCUUCAAUAAUGGCGACGAAGUACGAAAUAGAGAAGUUCAAUGGGAGUAAUUUCUCAUUGUGGAAAAUGAGAAUAAAAGCAAUUUUGAGGAAAGAUAAUUGCUUGAUGGCAAUUGGAGAUAGGCCCGAUGAGAUCACUGACGAGGACAAGUGGAACGAGAUGGAUGGCAAUGUUAUUGCUAAUAUGCACCUAGCACUAGCUGAUGGAUUUCUCAUUUCUACUUCAGUUGUAAUUGUAUGCCCCGUACCACAAGCGCCUAACAAAAAGCACAAGUGGAAGUUCUGCAGCAUUCUACUGUCCCAGGCCAAUAAAGGCGAGAAAGAACUGAUGGAAAUCAUAAGCCCACUUGAAGCGGAAACCAGAGGUCUAUAUUCCGAAAUUCCAGAACUUCAUGCCGAGAAGAACAAUGGCCGGUUCCUCAAAAUGCUGAUUCGCGAUGGUUGUUUUAUAUUAGAAUUGUUUCGAAUACUUGGAAACUCGAAAGAGAUCGAGUCUAAUCACCCUCUCGCUUCCGUGGCAUGGGCAAUACCACAGUUCUACGGGGAUCUUCUUCUACUUGAGAAUCAGAUCCCCUUCGUUGUUCUGAAAAAGUUAUUUGAAACUUCCAAAAUGCCUGAUGAGGACUAUCCUUUGUCCUUGCUUGCUUUGAGAUUCUUUAACAAGGCAAUGCGAAGACCCGAUGAAGAACUCGAAAAGAUGAGCGAGCAUCUCAAUGACAUGAGCUUGCAUUUGCUGGACUUGGUUCGGAAAAGUUUUAUCACCCCCGAACUAGAUCACCCACCAGAGGAGAAAAAACCUGCAGUACCGGUGAUAUCCUGCAUCACGAAGCUCGUCAAAGCAGGGAUUAAGAUCGAACCGCCUAAAGCUGAGGCGGACAGCUUCUUGGCUGUGAAAUUCAAGAACGGAGUGAUUGCGAUGCCCAAAAUAACAGUCGACUACUUCAUGCACUCUUUCUUGAUGAACUGUAGGGCAUUCGAGCAGUUGCACACGGACAGCUCCAAGCACAUCACAGUUUACGCUUAUUUCUUGGACUGCUUAGUAAACACAGCCAAGGACGCCGAGUACCUUUACGAACACAACAUCAUUAACAGUUAUGUUGGGAAGAACAGCGAGGACGUCGUGCAAUUCAUCAACAAGUUGGGAAAACCGGAGGUUGAAACCGAUCAGUUUUAUUUAUACGAGGUUUUCGAUGGAGUGCACAGAUAUUAUAAGAACACGUACGUACGACGUGCGACUGUAGAGCUCAAGGAUAGGUACUUUAAUACGCCAUGGUCGGUCAUUUCGUUAUUGGCAGCCGGUGUGCUGUUAGUGUUAUCCUUUUUGCAGACCUACUACACCAUCUACGCUUAUGUGAAUCCUAAAUAAUGGGCUUAAUUUCUCCUAGUAUGGGCUGAAUUUCUCCUACUCGGUCCGUCGAUCUGUUACGUGCAUGGAGUGCAUGUCUUCCAUGACCAGCUACAAAGGUGUCCGUAUGGGAAGCUAGAUCAUGUUCAAGUAGGUGUGCUUGAUUAGCAGAUAAGUUAGCUGUUUAGCUGUUUGAUCAUCAUGGUAUAAGUCUUCUAGUGUGCUUGUUUUACUUUUUACAUCUUGUCUCUUGUUUGUUUUAAGGACCAUUAACGUGUUAUCUCUUUCAGCUGGCACUCGUAAUCAGGGUAGGAGUAGUACGUGUGUUUGUCUUUCCAUUGAUCAAGUCUUUAUGUGUAAGCCUUUCGUUAUUGGGAGUACUUC